ACUAUAUCGUUUAGGAGCGUCUAGUGGUGAGUUUACGCUUUGGAACGGAUUAACUUUCAACUUUGAAACCAUUCUUCAAGCUCAUGACAGUCCGGUUCGAGCCAUGAAGUGGAGUAGCAAUGAUAGUUGGAUGGUUACCGGCGACCACGGUGGGUAUAUAAAAUACUGGCAGUCCAAUAUGAACAAUGUCAAGAUGUUUCAAGCACAUAAAGAGCCCGUCAGACAGGUUGCAUUCUGUCCCACUGACACCAAGUUCGCCAGCUGUUCCGACGACGGAACUGUUCGGAUUUGGGAUUUCCAACGGUGUAUGGAGGAGCGGGUAUUGCGAGGACAUGGAUCUGAUGUGAAAUGUUGUGAUUGGCACCCACAGAAGGGGAUUGUUGUAUCUGGGAGUAAAGAUAAUCAGCAGCCGCUUAAACUCUGGGAUCCUAGGAAUGGAACGGUUUUGACGACGAUACACGCACAUAAGUCCACUGUUAUGGAUUGUAGGUUUAACAGGAACGGGAAUUGGUUACUCACCGCUAGCAGAGAUCAUCUAUUGAAGCUAUUCGAUAUCAGAAAUAUGAAAGAGGAGGUUCAGACCUUCAGAGGGCACAAAAAGGAGGCGAGUGCUGUAGCCUGGCAUCCUAUUCAUGAAGGUUUAUUCUGUAGCGGGGGUAGUGAUGGUUCAGUAAUUUUCUGGCACGUCGAUCAGGAGAAGGAAGUGGGACAAAUUGAACAGGCUCAUGAAUCUAUAGUGUGGACUCUAGUCUGGCAUCCUGUAGGACAUAUUCUCACUACCGGCAGUAACGAUCAUACAGUCAAAUUCUGGUCAAGAAACCGGCCUGGAGAUCCAAUGCGGGACAAGUACAACCUGAAUACUCUGCCUGCAGGAGUUGAAGAGGAUACUGGAAAUAUUGGAGAUAUCAACGAUACUAAACCAGGUGUGGAUGGAGUGGGAGUGGGUUCUAGUUCUAUACCUGGUAUGGGUGGAGUGGAUCGAACAGAGAAGCAAGAUUUCAAGUUGUCUAUUCCUGGUCUUGAUGUACAGGGCGCCCCUGAAGAGCCCUCUCUGAAGAAAACUCCUUUCGUGAAACCUAUUUCUAGAACCUUCCAAUCCUCGUGGAACGAACCUAAAACAGAGGAUAGAGGAGUCAAACGAUUAUAUGGUGAGCGUGAAAGUAGCAAUCUCCCUCUUCCUAGUCAAGUAGUUGGAGCAGGAGUAGGUCCAACUCGUGGAGUAGGUGCUGUAGGAGUAGGUCCCCUUGAUCCUCGGAGAAAUGAAGUUACUGCUCAACCAACUGCAAUCACACUCUCACAACUUCAACAGGAAGCUACAGCUGUUGUAGCCCUGGGUCAGAUUAUACCUGUUCUUCCUGGAGGCCCUCUCUAUCAGUCUAUAGGAGCAGGAGAGAUGGCAAUUAGAGACACAUUGCUCAGGUCCAAUAUUUGGUUUUAAAAUAAGAUUCUAUUUAUGUAUACUUUGUU